CGGCUGCUGUCCGUGGGCCUCGCCUGCGUCGACGUCGUCAACAGCGUCUUCACGUUCCCCGGCGAGGACCAGUGCUGCCGCGCGACGGGCCAGCGGCGCGCGCGCGGCGGCAACGCGUCGACGACGGCGUGCGUCGCCGCGCAGUGCGGCGUCGCCGCGGACUGGCUCGGCGCGACGCCGCGCCGCGGGUCGCCGGACGCGGAGUUCCUGCUCGCGGACCUCCGGCGCCACGGCGCGGGCGCGCUGCCCGUCGAGCGGCCCCGCUGCGAGUCCGCGCCGACGUCCUACGUGAUCCUCUCCGAGUCGAACGGGUCGCGGACCAUCGUCCACGCGCGCGGCGACCUCGGCGAGCUCGACGCGGCGGACGCGCAAUCCGCGCCGCUCGCGGACUACGACUGGGUCCACCUCGAGGGCCGCGCGGGCGCGCGCGGCGCAUUGGAAACCUGCGUGGCGGCGCUCGAGGGCGCGCGGACCACGGCGUCCCUCGAGCUCGAGAAGCUCGACGGUGUUUUGGACGACCUCGAGCGCCGCGUCGACGUCGUCUUCUACAGCCGCGAGCGCGCGGAGCGCGACGGCUUCGCGGACCCGGCGGCCUUCCUCGCGGCCAAGGCCGCGGCGAUCGGCGGGCCCCGCGUGCUCACUUGCGCCUGGGGCGCGGGCGGCGCGGCCGCCGUCGCCGUCGACGCGGCCGGCGCCGUCGACGCCUUUCGCUGCGGCGUCCUCCCGGGCGUGCGGCCCGUCGACUCCGUCGGCGCGGGCGACACCUUCAACGGCGCCUUCAUCGCCGCGCGCCUCCGGGGCGAAGACCUCGAGACCGCGCUCAAGGCCGCGUGCGCCGUCGCGGGCCGCAAGGUCGCCCGCGUCGGCUUCGCGGGCCUC